GGUCGUGUUGAGCUCCUCAUCAUACCGGUUUCUUCAUUCCAUGAAGAAGAGCUUGAAAGUGUUGCUUUGCCAAAACACAUUAAAAUGAGCCAAAAGUGGAUGCAGACACUUGUUUUACUGUUCUUUUGUCAAGGUAAUUCAAGUCAGACUUUUUCAUAUUACUAUACUGUAGUACGUUUAUUACCUUCAGUGUAGGAUCGUUUUAAAGUAAUCAAUGGAUUUGAUGUUGGCAGAAUACUUGAACUCUCACAGGCCUAGUUCAUACUAAGUGGCGUUAUAUAGGCUUGCCCUAUAGCAUAUUAUAUAUAUUUAAAUUUAAAUUUGAAUUGGUAUUUGUUGUCCAAAUCAAUUCAGUGUUGUAGGUUUGUCUAGAGUGUAUUUUUAAAGUGAAAGUUAUUGUUUAGGCUAUAGCCUUGUAAACCAUAAUAAAAUGUAUCACGUUUCAGCAAUUGCAUUUUUUAUUAAUAAGACAUAUUCAAUAAGAAGUAAUUUGUUGACUCUCUGAUAUGUACUUUCUUCCCUUUAAAAAAAUGACAAACGAUAUCAGAAACUCUCCAACUGAGUUCUCUAACAGAGAAAAGGGAUGGAGACCGUGUGGAGAUCACUUGUGCACCGGAAUCUAAGACUAAGAGCAACAUGGUGAUUUGGUUUCGAGUGCAGGACAACGCUGGAAUGGAGUUUAUUGCGUCGUUUAGUACUAAGGACGGUCAGAAGAAAACAGGCUUGGACACCAAUGUCUUCAGCUACGAGCAGAUGAGCAAAAACAUCUUGAUACUGAAGGCUUUCGAAAAGGCUCGAGAUAGUGGCGUCUACAGCUGUGCGUCAAUCAACGGUAACGCGCUUGUGUUUGGUGAAGUAACUCGGCUUGCUGGGCCAGGUAAGUAAUAAUAAUAAUAAUAUGCCAUUUAGCAGACGAGUAGGCUAGCUAUGCUAAAUUACAUAAAUUGUAUCAGAAUAAUACAGUUCUAUACAAUGUUUUUUUUUUUAUCAGAGGUUCUUUAUAGCCUAUUAACAGUCUGAAAGUAAUCCUUGCUAACACACUUCACUUUUUAGCUGCGACAACAACAACAACAACAACAACAACCAUGAUGACUACACCAAUAACCACAGCCAUAGAGCUAACCAGCUCUACAACUGCCAAGUCGUGCAAAUGUAUAAUUUUUUUUUUGACAUCAUGGUCACAAUUAUUCUUAUCAUAAUCUAAAUGCCCUCAAAUAUUUGAUAGUGUUGAUUUGGAUAAUCAGUUGAAUUUUCCAUUAUCCAAUGGUGUUGAACAUUGUAACACAUUUAUCCCGUUUGACUUGUGUUUUUGAAGUGGGAAAGGUGGACCCUAGUGCAUCCUGUGAUUUGAUUGUUUGGGCUCCAUUGGCUGCUGGCUGUGGCUUCCUCUUCCUCCUCCUCAUCAUCACUGUAUGCCACUGCAAC